AUGUCGAGUAGAGCACUCACGGCAAGAGUAUUAUCUGUGAUGACACUUCCAAAGACCCAAAAGGCAAUGGUAUUCUCCGAAUACGGUGGUGAUCUGGAAUACAGGGACAUUCCUGUACCCACAAAAAAGGCAAAUGAAAUAUUGAUUAAUGUAAAAUAUUCCGGAGUCUGUCAUAGUGACUUAUAUGUGUGGAAAAACAGAACGCCCAUGACAUCAAAAUUACCCUUAGUAGGAGGCCAUGAGGGAGCAGGUGUUGUGGUUGGCAUGGGCUCAAAUGUGAAAAACUGGAAGAUCGGUGAUAAAGCUGGUGUCAAAUGGUUGAAUAGUACCUGUAUGACUUGUGAGCACUGUGAACUGGGCAACGAACCAAGUUGUUUGAAGUCUGAAUAUAAUGGUUUUACUCGUAAUGGGUCAUUCCAGCAGUAUGUAGCAGUAGAUGCGAUACAUGCCCCAAGGUUACCUGAUAAUUGCGAUUUAGCCGAGUUAGCGCCAGCUUCUUGCGCUGGAGUAACCGUCUACAAGGCUAUCAAGUCGGCUAAUAUUAGAGCAGGUCAGUGGAUGGCAAUAACUGGCGCAUGUGGUGGUCUGGGAUCAGUUGCCAUCCAAUAUUGUAAAGCUAUGGGCUACAGGGUAGUCGGGAUUGAUGCAGGUGAGGCAAAGGCCAAUCUAUUCAAAGAGUUAGGUGGUGAAGUAUUUAUUGAUUUUACCAAGAGUAAAGACCUAGUUGCAGACGUAGUAUCAGCCACAAACGGAGGAGCUCAUGGCGUUUUAAGUAUUGCAGCUACAGAAGACGCUAUUAAUACUUCAGUAAAAUAUGUGCGUUCAAAUGGUACUUGUGUGAUUGUUAGCGUUCCGGAUGGGGCAUACUGUAAGUCGGACGUGUUCAACCAGGUCGUUAAAUCAAUUUCCAUAGUGGGUACGUAUGUAGCUAAUAGAGCGGAAACUCGAGAGGCUAUCGACUUUUUUGCUCGAGGACUAGUGAAAGCCCCCAUUGAAAUAGUUCCUCUUUCACAGCUACUUCAAGUUUACAAGAAAAUAGAAAGUGGUGAAGUGAUAGGAAGAUAUGUGCUUGACACAUCUAUGUAA